GUGCAAUGGAUGAGCUUCAUAGCCUGGACCCAAGAAGACAAGAAUUGUUAGAGGCCAGAUUUACAGGAGUAGUGAGUGGCAGCACUGGUAGUACUGGAAGUUGCAGUGUUGGAGCUAAAGCCUCAACCAAUAAUGAAAGCUCUAAUCAUAGUUUUGGAAGUUUGGGAUCUCUAAGUGAUAAAGAAUCAGAGACUCCAGAGAAGAAACAGUCAGAACCUUCCAGAGGAAGAAAGAGGAAGGCAGAGAAUCAGAGUGAAAGCAGUCAAGGAAAAAAUAUUGGGGGACGUGGUCACAAAAUUAGUGACUAUUUUGAAUACCAAGGGGGGAAUGGCUCCAGUCCAGUAAGAGGCAUACCUCCUGCAAUCCGUUCUCCUCAGAAUUCACAUUCACAUUCCGCCCCCUCUUCUGUUCGGCAAAAUAGUCCUUCUCCUACUUCAUUAGCUUUUGGGGACCACCCUGUUAUGCAACCAAAGCAGUUAUCAUUUAAAGUUACUCAGACUGAUCUCACAAUGCUGAAAUUAGCUGCACUAGAAAGUAAUAAAAAUCAAGACUUGGAAAAGAAAGAAGGUCGUAUAGAUGACUUGCUCAGGGCUAACUGUGAUCUUAGAAGGCAAAUAGAUGAGCAACAAAAGUUACUUGAAAAAUACAAAGAAAGAUUAAACAAAUGCAUUUCAAUGAGCAAGAAACUUCUAAUUGAAAAGAGCACACAAGAAAAGCUGGCAAGCAGAGAGAAGAGCAUGCAAGACAGAUUACGCCUUGGGCAUUUUACAACAGUUCGUCAUGGUGCUUCAUUUACUGAACAGUGGACAGAUGGCUUUGCAUUUCAGAAUCUUGUGAAGCAGCAAGAGUGGGUGAAUCAACAAAGAGAAGAGAUUGAAAGGCAAAGAAAGCUCCUAGCAAAGCGAAAGCCUCCAUCUACAAAUAAUUCUCAGGCACCAUCUGCCAAUUCUGAACCAAAACAAAGGAAAAAUAAAGCUGUCAAUGGGGCAGAAAAUGAUCCCUUUGUUAGACCCAAUUUACCACAGCUAUUAACUCUAGCCGAAUAUCAUGAACAGGAGGAAAUUUUCAAGCUUAGAUUAGGACAUCUCAAAAAGGAAGAAGCUGAAAUACAAGCAGAACUUGAACGUCUGGAGAGAGUUAGAAAUCUUCACAUACGAGAACUAAAAAGAAUAAACAAUGAAGAUAAUUCACAGUUCAAAGAUCAUCCUACGCUAAAUGAACGGUAUUUGUUACUGCACUUACUUGGGCGAGGUGGCUUCAGUGAAGUAUACAAGGCUUUUGAUCUUUAUGAACAAAGAUAUGCUGCUGUGAAGAUUCACCAACUUAACAAAAGCUGGAGAGACGAGAAGAAAGAAAACUACCACAAGCAUGCCUGCCGAGAGUAUAGAAUACACAAAGAACUGGAUCAUCCCAGAAUAGUUAAACUAUAUGACUACUUCUCUUUGGAUACAGAUACGUUUUGUACAGUGUUAGAAUACUGUGAAGGCAAUGACUUGGAUUUCUAUCUCAAGCAACAUAAAUUAAUGUCAGAGAAGGAAGCUCGGUCCAUUGUAAUGCAAAUAGUAAAUGCACUACGGUAUCUCAAUGAGAUCAAGCCCCCUAUUAUACACUAUGAUCUUAAACCAGGUAAUAUUCUUCUGGUUGAUGGAACAGCAUGUGGAGAAAUAAAAAUCACUGAUUUUGGGCUGUCUAAAAUAAUGGAUGAUGAUAGUUAUGGUGUGGAUGGAAUGGACUUGACUUCACAAGGGGCAGGAACUUACUGGUAUUUGCCUCCAGAGUGUUUUGUAGUUGGCAAAGAGCCACCAAAGAUUUCUAAUAAGGUUGAUGUAUGGUCUGUUGGAGUCAUCUUUUUCCAGUGUCUUUAUGGCAGAAAGCCAUUUGGUCAUAAUCAAUCACAACAAGAUAUCCUACAGGAAAACACAAUAUUAAAAGCCACAGAAGUCCAGUUCCCAGUUAAACCUGUUGUAAGCAAUGAAGCCAAGGCCUUUAUCAGACGCUGUUUAGCAUACCGCAAAGAGGAUCGAUUUGAUGUCCACCAGCUGGCUAAUGACCCUUAUCUCCUCCCUCACAUGAGAAGAUCAAAUUCUUCAGGAAAUUUGCAUAUGACUGGGCUAGCUGCAUCCCCUACACCACCUACUUCAAGCAUUAUUUCAUACUGAAAUUUCUUCAAAUGAGGGCUGGCAUGGUAUCUCUGUGUAGUUUCCAGAUGCAGACUUUAGCUUGAAAGCAUUUGAGUGUUUUUACAUGGGGCAAGUUUGAUAACUGUGUUGUUAGACUGAGGUCCUUCAUAGUGUCAUUUAUAUGAUGAGAAUGGAUCAUGGACUGUGAAAAAAUGUACCCUUCAGAGUGUUACCUUUAAACAUUGAAGGAUGACACUGCCUGUUGCAUACAAACAGGUGUGUUGUGUUUAAGAGUGAAGAAAAGGUUUUUAGUUUUUUCUGGGGAACAUUGUAAAUAAUCUUUUUAAUACUUAAAGUACAUUUGGUUGAUACUGGAGAGUUCUAACAUGAAGGGUAGUUUUUCAUUAUUUAACUAAAGAAGAAGAGUAAUGGACAAAUUUAAACAUGCAGAUAAAGUUCAGUGCCUGGACAUAAAAACCCAAAACAACACCUGCUUUCUAAGGGGUUCAUCUUUUGAAACCAAAGUAAGAAGUGAGUUAGAUCUAUAUUGGGCUGUUCAAACAAAGGUAUAAUAUCGUGUUUGGCUAUGCAGGCUUGUACCUCAAGAAAAACAAAGGAAAACAUUGUUCUUGUUUUAAUGAAGGUAGAUUUGAAAGCUCAGAUAUGAUUCCUGAUGCUUGCAGCAUUGUCAAAACUUGUGACAAGUUUCCAGGCUUUGCAAUAAAAGCAAAUGACAGUAUGAAACCAAAUGCAGAUAGGUCAUGUAUAAUGUUCUAUGCAGGAUAAUGAUAAAUUCCCUUCUAGCUCUAUUGUAAAUUGUUGUACAGAUGUCAUAUUUUCAGUUAUUAAAUUUCAGCAACUUACUCCUGUACAAAUGUUUAAAGUAUGGCUUUUUCUAAUUGGAUAUUGUAUUUUUUUUAAGUCUCCUUGAAGGCGCUUUUAAUUGCUGCUAAAUGAUGUUGCUUUUACUUUUGCAAAAGAAUCAAAUGACCUCCUUAAGGUGCAAGUCAACUGUACGUAAGAGAGAUUAAAAGUAGAUAAUUCAUAAACAAUCAAGGCAUGUAAAACAGAUCUGUGUUGGACAUAUACAGUACAGUUCCUUAAGUCAGUUUCUUGUGCUCUCAACCUGUAGAGCACAUUGAUACUAGCUGUAGAAGUUGUUCAUGGUUAUUCUCUAUUUCUGGAAGUUCCUAUCAACAAGGGAAUGUUUCUUGUGGCUUGUACAGAUAUUUUAAAAUGUGAAACAUUUUCUUAACUGCCUUGUCUGGUAGAAAUUUAUUUUUCAGAAUGCUUUAUCUCUCUCUCCGCCCCCCCAUUCAUUAUUCUUUUUACUGUCACAUUCAUGUUGCUGAAUACCUAUCUGUAAUUUUGUCCAUGUUGCAGAAAAAGGAGGCUGUAUUACCACAGGUUUUCAUUUAAUAUUGUACAGUCAAACUGUGGCUCUUGUUCCUGAUGUUGCAAGCCAUUUUUGUUUUUCAUUGUACAUAAAGAUACAUUAACUGUCUCUCAGAUGCUGCUGAAAUUGUAGAGAAUGUAGCCAAAACAGUAAUAAACAAUGACAGUUGUAAUUUAAA